UAGGAAAGCAACUUUAGUGAAUUGUGAAUUCAAAAUUUACUACAGAGGUUUAUUUCUUCAUAGAACUCGUAGAAAAAGAAAUGAUUGUCUUAUGGCCCUUUCUCAAUCUCUAUAAUGUCUUCUUGUAUGCUCAUCAAAGACUGUGAUUUUCAAUUGGAUUUCUAACACUUGGUAUUUCAAAAAAGACAAUGCGAUAGGAAGAUUAGAAAACUUUAGAUGAAAAUUCUUUUGCAAUAGGAUUCAAAUCGACGAACGACGAAUUCUCCAUUGAACACUAGUUUUAUACGGUAUGCAGCCGCCACAUAUAUUAGUCAAGUUUCGCCAUAAGUACUUUUGAUAUGAAUAUCUACAGUAAUCAUUCUACCAUCGUCUAAACAUAAGUUUACAGCGGAUUUGGCGGAGUUCAAAGUCUUGUUGGUUUAUAGUAAAAUGUCGAAAAGCAAAUUGUUCGAAGCAAUCCAGGUGGGGAACAUGAUUUUAAGGCACAGAAUUGUACAUGCUCCGAUGACUAGAUUGAGAGCGACUGACGAUGGGUUCGUUACCGAAUUGAUGACCGAAUAUUAUGCUCAAAGGUCAUGUAUUCCAGGAUCACUGAUAAUUUCAGACGCAACAUUUGUAGGAGAAAAAUCUGGCGGGUACCCAAAUAACCCAAGAUGCUUCACAGAAGAACAUGCGAGGGCUUGGACUCCAGUUACACGCGCUAUCCAUCGAAACAAAUCUUAUCUGUUUAUGCAGCUAUGGCCCUUACCCGGGGAAAUUAAGAAUGAAUAUAGAGAAGACGUAAAAAAAUUAAAGGAGAUUGCAUACAACGAUUGCCCUAUGGAUCCACUUGGCUUACCUGCCGGUGUCGAGUCCUUCGAUACCGUUCAAGGAAUAAACAUUUACCAGAAAAAGUACGUCAGCAAAAAAGAUAUACAAGAGUAUAUUGAUGACUUCGUAAAUGCAGCUUUUUUGGCUACGAACGUCGCAAAGGCAGACGGGGUGGAACUUCAUCAAGCCAAUGGGUUUUUGUUGGACCGAUUCGUUCUAGGUGGUUUUGGUAAUGAAUGUGAUCCAGAGUAUCGAGGAUCGCUUGAGAAUCGUUGUCGGUUUGCCCUGGAAGUUUUAGAGGCAGUUACUCAAGAAAUUGGACAAGAAAGAGUUGGAUACAGGAUUGCACCGUAUUCGGCUUGGGCAGAGCAAAUCGACAGCAAAGAAACCCAUACAUAUUUGCUAAAGGAGAUUUCUAAGCGGUUUCCAAAGUUAGCCUAUAUUCAUGCAAUUGAACCGCGACAAUAUUGGAGUGGUCAUAUGAGGAUAAAGUCCGAAGUAAAUACAUACUACCUACAACAAUAUUGGAAAGGACCGUUCAUUACCGCCGGUGGAUAUACACCCCAGGCGGCUGUGGAAGCUGCAAACGAGCGAGAUACAUUAGUAGCCUUUGGCAGACAGUAUCUUGCAAACCCGGAUUUGGUAUAUCGUGUUGAACAUAAUUUACCUCUAAAUCCUUACAAGCGCUCUUAUUUCUACACGCCCAAAAGCCCAGUAGGCUACAUCGACUAUCCUUUUAGCCAAGAAUAUCUAACUCAUGCAAAAACCUAAGAAGUGAGAAUUCGGCAUAUGCAUAUGCAUGUCACAUUAAGAAUUAAUUUUAUUGGGUGCCUUUUAUAUUCUUUGCUUUUUGUUAACCGGUUAUAGACAACAGAAUUGACUUGAUAAAGACUGUCUAGAAAACCAAAAAAAGAAGGACCAUUUCUAUAUACCCCAGUAACGAUAACCAUUUGAAGAUGUAUACCUCAAUCAUUCUGUCUACUUGCCGGGCAAAACUUUUUGUAAAUGGAGCUUGUAAGCAGAGAUAUCAGUAUCCACCUGAGGGUUUUUAAGGACAUCGUUUGCCAUGAAUGAAGGCAAUGCAGUCAUUGCCAAAAACUCGUGAGCCUUAUGAACAGGGAACAAAACAUUGUCGAUACCACGGCCAUCAAAGAAGUUUCCGAAUUCGUUGAAAGCCUCACAGGGAGCAUUCCAGGUUGUGGAAAGCAUGUAAGAUUUACCAUGCAAAAGACCACCUUUACCAUAGUUCUUAGUUGGAUUGGUAUGAGAACGGCCGUCGCUUGCGAAUAACUUUCCGUAUCCUAUAGUAAAUACUUCGUCAAUGUAUUUCUUCAAUGGCCAGGGAAGACCCAUCCACCAGCCUGGGAAUUGAUAGAUGACGACGUCUGAGGAAACAAUUUUUUCAAUCUCCUCUUCAAUAACAUAGCCGUUUGUAACAACUGUCUCAUGAACAGUAUGUCCUAAAUCCGUCAAAGUCUCCUUGGCCACAUUUUGUAAAGUUUCGUUCAAUUUACCUUGGCUGUGGCCAAAAGGGUGAGCACCGUUAACAAGCAAAAUUUUUAAACCCAUUUUUCUAUUUAAAGCAAACUACUGAUUUGUAAAAUUACAGUGGAGAGCUAUAAUAAGGGUAUUCUGGAACGCGGUUGUCUUAUAACUAGAUGAGAUGACAGCUUUGUUAAGUUGCUUAUUCAGCAGUUGCUUAUUCAGCAGCUCUUGGCAAAUAUUACUUUGGCGAAUACUUUGAUGUGUUUAUUUACUUGUUUACAUGUUUAAUUUUUUCUUAACAAAAAAAUAAAAUAAAAUUAGAUUGCUUAGUUUUGGAUGUUGCUAGAAAUUGGCAAUUUCUCAAAAGAAAAAACGAUCGAAUACUAGAGAAUGCACAGGAAUAAAAACAAUGAGUAGAUAAAGUGGAAUAAAAGUAUUAUCGCUA